AAGACACAGGGCUAAGGAAAGAAAACACGUCCAGAUAAACAUUGGAUUGAUGGUGCCAGAUGGAACUGAUGAAACCGCUUUAAAACCUCUAAGAGGGAAAACACUCCCGUUAUUUGUGGACCCAGAGGUAGCAGCAUCUGAUGUACUGAAACAAGCUGUCCAGAAAAUGAGACAAUUUAACAAGGACAUGCAAGAAGGACCGUACGUCCUUUUGUAUCCAGACUGCUCAGAGGUGGUCCAUGUGCCUGGGUCAGAAAAGCCAUUCAAAUUGGCAGAGUAUAAAAAGGAACUAGGAAAGCCAUAUUCCAGGAUUACCUUUUUCAUUUGCCUAGAAACACACUUUAAAGGAGCAGUGGAUGAUACCUCAGACUCUGAUUCUGAAAUUGUCAUUGCAUCAAGGAGCACAGCUGAAUUCAGUCGAGCUGACACUGUGGUUUUUGAACCACAAAACCAGAGUACUCCCAAACACAAACCUAAAGAAGAAAGAGAUGCACCGGGACAUUCAGCAACAAUUCAGCCUGGACAGAUAGUAAUAUCUGAUACUGAUGAUAUGGAUCCACCUGAAACAAAUCCAGACAAGACUUCUUGCUACAGUAAAUACACAGACCUGUAUGCACCAGGUGUGGAGGAAGAGGAGGAGGAGGAGCUGGUUGCAGUCAAUGUGGAGAAUUUCCAACACACGGCAGUGGAGGAGAUGAACAUUACACUACCUGACAUUGUUGCAAACUUGUCACUUCCUAUUGAUCACAAAAGAGUCAGCAGGUUCAACAUCUCAAGAGCUAAUGUUUGGGAUGGAGCAGUCAGAGGUUUCAAGCGUACAACAUAUUCUGAAACCUGUGAUAUACUGGUCAGAUAUACUGAUGAUGCUGGAGUUCCUGAGGAGGGAAUUGACACAGGUGGUCCAAGACGAGAGUUUUUAACUCUGCUAAUGAAACACCUGAAAGACCGGCCCAUUUUUGAUGGACCAGAAGGACAUCGGUUCUUGGUCUACAAUGCAAAUGCUGUUAGGGAGGAUGAAUACUACCUGGCAGGAAAGAUGAUCGCAGUGUCAGUUGUACAUGGAGGUCCAGGACCCCAUUUCCUGUCAGAAGAUCUUGUACAUUAUCUUGUCGGCCAGCCUUCAUUCAAAUCAACAGUUAAUUUAAUAACUGAUGAAGAAAUAGGGAAAGCUUUGCAUGAGGUGAGAAUAGCAUAA